CAAAACACUGCCCCCUCUCUCACACCCGGCGUUACGUUAUUUAUGAAUAAUUAGGACUUUAUUAGUAAACAAAUUGAUCACUCGUUUUGUCAUUCAAUCAAUUAAUGAGAAAAUGCUUUUAAUCUGCAUUUAAACUGACGUUUGGAUCAGUCUUUGGUGACAAUCACACGCUUACAUACGGCCAGUGUCUGUGAGAAGUGAUGCCAGUGAUGAGCGCCGACUACCGCACCACCGAUGACGGCCUCAACGGCAGCGAUGUCUCCGUAGCCGAAGUGUUGGAGCCGUCGGAACGGAUCCGACGGUUGGUUCAGACGGCGGGUGCGGUUGGGAUGGAGAACUCGGUGCCCAUCAAGAGGUACUGGAGGUCCGGCAAAGAACUCAUUAGAAUGGCUCACAUCUAUCGCGAGGAACAGACGCUCGAGAAGGCGUUCAUACUCUACAUGAAGUACAUUACUCUGUUUGUGGAGAAGAUUCCUCAGCACUCGGAGUAUAAGACAUGCGAACCACAGGAGAAGGCGUUAACCAAAAACAACUGCAAACAAGUGUUUCCGAUCGCAGAGGAGUUGAAGAGUAAAUUGAUGGUCAAAUACCAGAAGGAAUUUGACGAUUAUCUACAACAAAAGAAGAGAAGACAAUUAGAAGAGGCGAAGAGAAGUGAAGAACAGAGACAACAGUUUCAGCGACGGCAAGAAGAGGAGAAGGAGAAGCAGUUAAUAGAAUUGCAGCUAAAGUUAGACAAACAGAUCAAAGAGAAGAAGGAAAUCAAAGAGCCGACAAUCGCGACGCCAAAUGUUGUGUUACCACAGCCUCUGUCGACCACAUCUGUCGACAUUAGUUUCGGGACUCACUAUCCGAGUGACAGCACUGCGACGGCUGUCACUCCAGCUAUCGAUCGGACGACUAAACCUUCGGCUUUCAGUUACAAUGACUUCGCGAUGGAUUCGUUCACUCGAGUGGUAAUCCCUCAACGAUUGAUACAAAAGUUUUUAGUGUCGGCGCAAAGCAAUACCAAUAGAAAUGUGGAGACGUGUGCUAUUCUGGGCGCACAGUUGGCCAACAAUGUGUUUACGAUAACACACGUAAUAGUGACCAAACAGUCGGGAACCGCCGACUCGUGUCAGAUGGUCAAUGAGGAGGAGAUCAUUCCGAUUCAGGACACGCAUCGCUUUAUGGUCGUCGGUUGGAUCCAUACGCACCCCACACAGAACGCCUUCAUGUCGUCCAUCGAUCUGCACACCCAUUGGCCGUAUCAGCAGUUAUUGUCCGAAUCCAUUGCCAUCGUAUGCGCGCCGAAGUUUCAAGAGGUGGGCGUCUACUCACUGACCGAACCUCACGGCAUGCAACUCAUCACCAGUUGUAAGCUAAGCGGCCAUCACUUGCAUCCCGAGAACCCACCCAUAUAUGAGCGCUCGUCUCACAUACUUUUCAAUGAGACCAUCGAUGUAUCGCUCAUUGAUUUGAGAUAAUAUGUUAUUUGCAUUUCACGGUUACGUCACUGCAAACUAAUUGUCUAUAAUUAUUAUUUCUCUAAUGAAAUGCAUAAAUAAUAUUGAUUAUUAUUAUUACCGUA